UAUUUCGGACAGACUUCCCGGAACAUGGAGCAGGACGCGGAUAUAGGUUACGGGGCACAAGAUGAUCUGCAGCAAGGACAUCCAACACCGCUUCCUCUGAACAAGCGCUCUUCCAAACAAAACAACGCCCUCCCCUUUUGGGGAAACGAAACUUCGAUGAAUCUAAACCCUUUGAUCCUGGCAAACAUACAAGGGUCUAGUUAUUUCAAAGUAUCUCUUUUCAAGUUGAAAACCUAUCACGAGGUUGUAGAUGAAAUAUACUAUCAAGUCAAGCACUUGGAGCCUUGGGAGCGUGGAUCUCGGAAAACUGCCGGACAAACCGGAAUGUGUGGAGGUGUGCGUGGUGUUGGCGCGGGCGGGAUAGUGUCGACAGCGUUCUGUUUAUUGUAUAAGCUGUACACCCUUCGAUUGACUCGUAAACAAGUAAACGGUUUACUUACGCACGGCGAUUCACCGUAUAUUCGGGCUUUAGGCUUUAUGUAUUUACGUUACACUCAACCUCCCGCGGAUCUUUUUGAUUGGUAUGAACCAUAUUUAAUAGAUGACGAGGAAAUCGACGUUAAAGCGGGGGGAGGACAGACUAUGACAAUUGGGCAAAUGAUAAGGCAGUGGUUAACAAAAUUAGACUGGUUUUCUACGCUUUUUCCUCGCAUACCAGUGCCGAUACAAAAACAGAUCGAUGUUAAGCUCGAACAAUACGCGUCAGAAAAUGGGGUAUCAUUUGCCGAUACACAACUCGAUCGUGGUAGUAGUGGUGGAAAACAAGUUCGCAGCGGAGCUUCAUCUGUACCGCGACCGAUAAACGAUCGCGAAAGCACGCGUUGUGAUCGGGGCAUUGGUAAUAAUGAGCCUAGCUUCAAAGACAAAGUAAAGCGGGAUUCAUAUAAUCACUGUGAUCGGGAAGAAAGGAGCUCCAGGCAUCAUAGAGAUGAUGAAGACUUUUUAAAUCGCGAGCAUCGUGAUCCCAACCAUCGACAUACUAGAGAACGGAAUGAGAGGGACAGAGAACAGUUCAGUCAAGAGCGGUACCGUCAUUGGAAUCGUGAUAGUGUUCGAGCCCGCAAUCGCGACCGUAGCAGAGAUCGUGUUAAAGACAGAGAUCGAUCACGGGAUCGUGACUCCAAUUCUAAUAGGAAGGAAAAAAACCGUGUUAGACGAAUAUCGCGGAGCCGAUCUAGAGACGAUUAUAAGGAACGGCGAGAACAAAGCGACCGUGAUCGGAGACAUCGUUAGGAUUUUACUUUUUACGUUCGCAUAAUUGUUGUAUAGAUCAGCAUCAAACUGCUGCAUCAAAAUCAUGAAAGUAAGUAAUUAUUAGGUAUUAGGUAAUAAUCUCGAAAUUCAGUCCUUAUCCCUGCGAGAUGUUCAGAAUAUUUUCAUGUUUAGAAAUCUGAAGAUGUAAAUGGAACUGGGUAAACUCUCGAUGUUAUGCAUCCCCAAAUUCACCGCACAAUCAGGUGCCUUUGAGUGGCGUUUCAAUAUAGUCAAAACUAAACAUAUACCUGUUAAAAUAGUGCACAUGAAAAUGGCAAAUUUAUGCUACAACUUAAAUUUAUCGUUUUAUCUUCGAAUUCUUUUACGUCAUUGGAUGCUAUUAUCCAUUUGCUCUUUGGAAGAUGUAUAGUGCCCAUUCACAACCGCUAUUAACAAGAAUAUAACUCGCUUAAUUACCUCAAAUAUCUUCUCACUCUAAUUACCUCAUGCUUCACAGUUUAUUAGUCAAAUCGACUGCCAAGAAAAAAAAAUUGUUUCUUUUUAUUGGCAUCUACUAAGUGUAAGAAGUUGAAAAGUUGUUCUAGUUCUAGUUUUUUCUAUAAUUUCAUUCUAAAAUUGCACAUAAUGAGGUUAAAAGGGUUGACAAAGUGUGUUGAAUAUCAGUAAAGCGGUAACAAGUUUUUUUCGACUAAACGAAGGCGCCUUGUACUAAUGAAGCAACAUAUAUUGCUGCAACUAAAUUAUACAUUAAAAUAACCGAGUAUCUAAUAAGGAAGUUGUCUACCUCACUGAAUCCCAUGUACGACCAAGAUUUUAUAAUAAUCUUUCAGGACCUCGGCUGAUUUCGUAAAAAGCUAUUUUUUCUAUAUUAUUUCUAUCCUAUCGCCAAAUGAUCACUCGUUGCGUCAUUGCAAAUUAGUAUAUUAGGUUAGGGAUUUCAUAUAUGUCACAAGAGAAAUUAUCAACACUUCAAAAACCAACUCCUACAUGCUUAAAAAAUAAUCCAAGACAAAUGUAGAUCCCUUACUAAACAAAAGGUAAAGAUAAAGUUUGUUAUUUUAGUGUAAGUAGCUGGUAAAUGCGAGUAAAGUUAUUUCUAAAUUGCAUCACACGUAGUGACAAAUUAUGCAUUAUACCCGAGGUCUCAAACUCGCGGUCUAACUAUUUUUUAACUAAAGCUACUUUCAUAUCAAACUUCAUUUGUCAACUCCCAUACUACAAUAUCAUUUUGGUGUGAGUUUUAGCGAUAGACUGAACGCUUAAAAAAAGGCUUUGUUUUUAUUUUUUACCUAACCCAAUAUUUUUUUAUAAUUUCAUUGAUAUUUUUCUUGAUUUAAGGGGGAACUUCGGUAUUUUCGGGCCAAAAAAGGCCCGUUUUUAACGAUUUUUUGUGACGAAACCAUUCAACUGUAUUUUUUCAAGUAAAUGACAUAAUAAUCUACAACUUUUGAAGAAUAUUUGGUAUUGUUUUGAGCAGCAUUCAUUGAAAAAUUAAUCCAUGCCAUAAAAUUUAGGCAGUCGUUUUUUUUUUAUUAAAAGGCAGUCGUGUCUUCGAAAAGAUACUUUUUCUGGUGCCCAUCGUAGCUGCGUGACGGGUCAUCAGAAAAAUACAAAUCGAUAUUCGUUAGAAAGAUUAUAAGUUCAUCUAGGUAGCCCUGGACAGUUUUUGUUGAUAUUCCAAUUUUUAGAUUUUUGGCAGAUUUUUGAAGUUGAAAAAGUGAUGCUUUUUACGAUUCUGCCAUAAAAAUUUUACAGAUUUGUUAAAAAAAAAAGUAUAAAUAAUUUUAAUGAUAUCUCGACGGGGUUACCUGGCAAAAAGUGUACAGAUUAUGUGUUAAAAAUUUCAAAACGGUCCAGUAGUUUUUACGGUACCAUGGGCACCGACUUUAAAAACGUUGGUUUAGGGAAACGCUCUUCAAAGUAGCGGGCUGCAUGGAGGAACGAAUAAUAAAAGGAACGCGGAUUUUCAAAAAUCUGUAUCUUUGUCAGUUUUUCCUCGAUUGAUCCAAACAUUUUACACAAUGUUCUUGAAAGGAUCAGCAUUCAGGGGAAAAUGUUCCUACGGCCCCGGGGAAGCAAAACAAUUGUAAGGCUCCCAGGGGCUGAGAGUGAGGGUAGCGGGGCCGUAUUUGACGAAUAAAGAUACGGGCUCGCCCCGACUGAAUGAGAAAAGGGGAAAAUG